CGCGCGCGCAAUUUCGGCGGGAAAGUGUUUCAAAAGAAAACAAAUAGGUUUAUCCGGUUUGCGAGGCAACUUUGGCGGAAGUACUGACAACAAAUCGCUGGGAUAAGAAAAUUACUGCACGGAUAAGGUUCACACUUACUGAAAAGAAAGAUUAUAAUAUUACCUGGAUUUUUUGAGUUUACCCUUUUAUAUCUUUAUUUACCAAAAAAAUUUUUAAAUUUGAAAGUCAUUCGUCGUGGUUGUCGUCCGCGGGAUGGCUGUGGGGUUUGUUUAUGUUGUUCCCACUGUGUUUUUGUUGCUCGGGAAAACUGAGAGAAGAUGCCAAAUCUUGCGAAAAAGGAGGAAAAACGAGAAAAGAAAAGGAGCAAUGCUCGGAUGCAUCGUCACUUCGACGUGUAGGCCGUGAAACAUCGAGAGUAGCAGAUAUACCUGAAGAUUCGUGGCUUUGUUUACACCACAGACGCCAAGACAAACGUUGCUCUUGUCCCUCGUUCUGGGGACACGGUGGUGGUCUUGCUAAAAGUAAAAUCCCUACAAGGCUUUAUGUGGUUUUUGAAGAUGUAGGACGCAGGCUCUCCGGUUAUAAGCCGGGAACCAACUGGUGCAAUCUUUGCAGGAGGAAGGCAGACGAAAAUUUUCGUGACCACGAAUUGUAUCACUCGAGUGACGCACGACGGAAGAGAGCAGCAUGUGAUGACAGAAAUGUCAAAAUGUCAACCAGUCCAAAGAGUCCAAUCAGCAAGAUGAGACAUUUGACGAACAAGUAUGAUGUUGACUCAGCACCACUCUAUGACCCAGCAACCAUGAGGGACUUUGCCAAAAAGUAUGUCCCAGGGCUAUAUUCAACAAUUCUAAACAGCAUAGCCAGAUGCACGGAUUCAGCCCUCCAAGAGAAGCGCACUGUUACUCUGUUACACACGUUGGCUUACUUUGGGUCUCAGAAAACUAGUAAAUUACAGAAGGAUCUUGGUCUCAGAAAACUAGUAAAUUACAGAAGGAUCUUGGUUUGUACCUCCACCUGCAUGGACUGCCAUGAUCUGCCCUCAACAGUGGCCUUCUGACUGGAUUUGGAUGUGCACCAAGAACAAUAGCCUCAUACAAUAAAGCUAAAAAAAAAUAUCCAGAACUGCUCACCUAACUCAAUUAACUCCAAAGCAUUCCAUUAUCAUACAAGGACUUGAAACAAUCCUCUUCGUCAUGUUUUUCAGAUCCAAAUAACUGUUGUGAUAAUCAAAACUGCAGAGUAAAUAGAUUAAGUGAUACUGAAAUAUUUAGACUAACUUGUGGUCACACCUUCCAUGAUAUCUGUAUACAAACAAAUGACCAGCUAUGUCCAUUCUGCACCAGGCUAUACGAGCUUCACAGAGACUUGAAAAAUGGUGGGUUAGAUAGAGGAGAAACAGAGGAAGAAAACGAUACCAAAUAUGCAUCUAGGUUGAACACUAGCGAAAAUCUGUGUCAAUUUCAAAACGGUCAAAUACUUAAAUUGCCGAUCCGUCAAAUAUCUUGUGAAAAUGGCGUAAUUUUCGAUCUUUAAUAACUUUUUUCAUUCAAUAGCUGUAUUGUACUCAAAUAUACGAAUAUCAAGUCUGUUCAUCUAUCCAAGACUUGUUCUUUUCGAUUUUUUGAUUUCGCAUCUGUAUCAUGCCUAUUUUCGGAUUUGUGUUGAUGCUACAUUAGCUAAGAUGCCUCGUGUAAAGAAGUCGUUUCGUUACAACGUCGGCGCCCACCAGACGCUAUCUCGAUUGAAUGCGGAGACCCAUGUCAAACUACAAGAGAAGCAAAAGCUUCUAAUGGCUAAAUGAGAGCAGCUAAAACGCAUAGACAACAAGGUUUGCUAAAGUCGAUUAUAAAUACUACAAUCUAGACUCUAAAUGUGUUUUUCCGGUAGUAUUUUUGUUUAUAAACCACCCUACUUUUUAAAGUUAACUAAAGCUACCUAUAGCUGAGAUCCUUUACUUAUCCAAUCUUGAAUCCAAUCCUGACAUAUUUUUGUACCAAUGAUUUAAUAUCUAAGGUGGGGAAAAUUGUUAGAGAGGUCGAGGAGAGGAAGAUGGUUAUUUAUCAGUUAAGUGGAGAGCCAAGGAAAAAGAAAGCAAGGUUUCUUAGGGAGGCAGGCCUUGCUAGACGGCAGGAACAUCCGACAGGAGCCAAUGCUGUGAGUCCAUCGACACGUCAAGAUAGGAAGGCAGAGCUGUUCCAGGCUGCAUGUGAAAUCAGCGGCGCAACUUCUCUGAAUCCUGAACCUGCUAUAACUCUUCUACUAGACACCCUGGAGUCAAGGAAAUGUGCUGAGGUCAAGAUUGCCAAGUACACAGAGAAAGCUAAGAAGCUACACAGAGUCUUCCCAGAGAUAGAAAGAGGAAAAUGGAUCAGUUUGAAAAGUCAGAGAUUAACAUGAUAAAAAGUGUAGCAGUGUACUAUAGCGGGGAGGUUAUGGGUAAAGCUAAGUACCGCUCUGUGUAUAGAUCGACAUGCUAUCAGCGCAUUGCUCAAAAGAGAUUUGUGCGUGCAACAGUUGCUAAUCACAAGUUACCUAGGUUGGUGCCUUACCACAAGCUGAUGUCAUUUGUCAAGAAAAUUGACACAGGUAAGUUAUACAGCGUGAAGGAAACCCUGUGUGGUGGUCUGCCCCAACAACAAAAGUUGAAUGGUUUCUAUCGAGACUUAGAAGAGCUGGUAGUAAAAAUGGCAUCUUUUUAUCUAAAUAGUGAUGACUAUAAGCUUCAUUUUUUUAAUAAUCAGAAUGACACUUUUCAUGUAUCCAUAGGUGGAGACGGUGCACCAUUUGGCAAAGAGGACACUGCCACAGCAUGGCUAGUUGGCUUUUUAAACCUGGGCCAUGGGGUUCUCAGCUGCAAAGAGAACUAUCUUCUCUUUGGGGCAAACUGUUCUGAGAACUGUGAACCUUGCAGGCGGUUUAUUGCCAAGACAGUUAAUGACAUCUGUCAUAUCGAGAGCUCUGUUUAUCCAAUUAUUUGCAAAGGAAUAACUGUUAAUAUCAAGUUUGUUUUCUCUGAGCUCCCCAAUGACAUACAAAUGCUAGCUUUCUUGGCUGGAGAGCUCUUUAACAGUGCCUCUUACUUUUCUACUUUCGUAGAUGUCUCAAACAACACCUUGGUUAGAGUGGGGGGGGGAAGGACAUUUGGCACUGAGUCCUCUGCUACAUGGAAAGCUUGGCCUUAUGACCAUUGCCUCAGGACGGCCUGUAAAGUGGAACAGUUUGAAAAGACAGUUGAAAAGGAAACAAAGUGUAAUGAUAAAACUCUCCUGUCUCCUCCUUCUUCGAAGCUACAGUAAGUACAAUAUGACUAUUCCUGGGUAUUCAGUACUUUCUUGAAACUCAUGUAUCCAAAAAGGUUAUAAUAUAUAUAGGCCACAGAUAAAAAGCUGUUUAUACACCAUAAACAUGAUUUAGAUUCAUGUUGUGAAACCCAGCGGAUAAGAGUGAAAUACUGAAUGCUUUUGUUUAGAAUCUUAAGUCAUGACUUUGGGUUUUUAUCUUUGCCACUAGCCAUAUUUGAGAUUUAGUUUUUUAUUAUUUAUUUAUUGUACAUAUCUAUUAUACAAAAAGCAGCUUCUUUAUGAUGACCUGGAAAACAAAGUUGUGUGUUCAUUGAAACCCAAAUAACUCAAAUCCUGAUGAAAAACAAUCAAGUUAGUGGGUCAACUUUUGAUUUAUCAGCAGAAAUGACUCAAAAGUACUCUAAAGGGAAACGAGAGUUAGAGUUAGCAGGAGUUAAUAUUGUCUGCGUUUGAGUUAUUUGGGUUCUGCUUUAUGUGUUAUUCCAAAAAUUGUUAAUUAAAAAGUCCAUAAAUAACUCCAUCAAUUCCUUUGAAGCUCCACUGUGUAACUUGAAAUAGAUAAUAUGGAAAUGGAAACAAAGCCAGUUUCUGGGAUAAGACAUCCAUCUUUAAAGCAAUGCACUGAUAUUCUUUGGAAAAAGGACCAUAUAUACUUAUUGUCUUUAAGGAUAAAUACCUUAUUUAUCAUAGUCAAUAGAAUAUGGGUAGUUGUUGUUGUUUUCUUCCAGUUUCGUUACAUUAGAAUUCUUACAAGUCUUUAAAAAGAUAAUAAUUUUUAUGUAGCCAACAGCAAAAUUUAGCUAGUUUAAUUAUAAGCAGUUGCUUUCUUCCAGUUUGCUGUUUUUAAUAAGAGGGCUUAUUCUGUAAAUAGUCUGCAUAGUGGCCUCCUGGGGGCCAGCUACAAUAGAGAGUGUCAAUUUCAUUUAGUUUUUAAAAUAAUAUAAAUAUUCAUUAUAAAAAGAGCUUGGCUAGAAGAUACAAGCUUUUAAAUAACUAUGCUUAGUUUAGCAAAGGUUAUAGCAUUUAAUAUUGAAAACUUGUAAACUUCUUCCAUUUUUCAUACUCAUAGAAAACUCUAAAAGAAUAUUAUUUAUUGCAAUAAAAACAGUCUCUAGGGUUCAUAUGAUAUGUAAGUUUUUACAGUCUCUCUAUAAGAGAAGAUGAUAUUUAUUGUAGAUAUUACAUCAAUCCAACUUAAUUUAUAUUAGCCUCAGAAAAGAUUCAGAUAACUUGUAUAUUUAUUGGUAUGAUACUGUACAUGUUUCAUGCUUUAGUGCAAUAACAUUUUCUAUUGUACAUCUCACUGUAUACAAGGUAUAGAAGUAAUGUAAAUAAACAUCUGAUUAGGGUA